AUGAAGAUCCACUCUUCUCCACCUUCCUCUUCAUUUUCAAACCCUAGGGUUAGGGCUAGCUUAUUUCCAAUAAACCCUUCACAAACCCAUCAAUCCGAAUUCACUCCUCUCUCGAUCUUCUUCUUCAUCUUCUUCACCUUCUUCACUCUCAUCGACCCCACAACAACUUCAAUUCCAUCACCGUCUGGCCAAAUCCCCUAUCCCAAUUCCUGCAACGACCUCGUCCCCGAAUCCACCCCAAUCGGCUCCAACCUCAUCGCCAAUUUCUCUCUCCAAUUUCACAACGCCUAUUUCUCCGGCGGCGAUACCAUUCUGGGUUCCAAAACUCCCCAAUCAUCGGUCUCUUUUGAAACCCUAACCCUCCACCAAACCCAAUCCAAAGGAGUUUUCAAAAUUGAGGGUUUGAUGACUUUUUGGGGCUCCAAUUUUGUGGGUUUUUCUGGGAAUUUGACUCACCGGAGAUUGCGGUUAAUCAAUUACCGGGCGCCGAGGAUUCCAGUUUCGAGUCGUAUACAUUAUACGAGUUUUCGAUUACAUGGAUUUUGGUCUGAGGCUUCAGGAAAUCUUUGUAUGGUUGGUUCAGGUUGGAAUUACUUAAGCUCUGUUAAUGUUGUUUUUAAGCUUCAUUAUCCCAAUGUUUCUACUCUUAACACUAGUUUGAUUACUGGAAUGUUGGAAAGUUUGGAUACAAAUGAUAGUUUGGACAAAUUUAAACCGAUUUCAAUAUUGGGUUUAUCAAUGAUGAAUUAUCAAUACAAUUUGGUAGAUAGAGAAAUUGAGAAUGGAGGUUUUAGUGUAUACGAUAAUAUGGAGAAUGCAUCGAUUGGUUUAGAGUCGUCUGUCAAUAGUGUCUGCGUGGCUUUCAGGUCAGCUGAUAGGUUUAAAUUGGAAUAUAUGAAUGAUUGUGAGACUGUCAAUUGUAAUCCUCUUGACGGUGGUGGUAGAGCUUUGCCUAAUUUUUUGUCUUUCAAUGACAUUGAUUGUACGGGGAAAUGGAAAGCGCGGUAUUUGCUAGAUUUUUCAAACUCGAGCUAUAAUGGACGUCGUUUACCUUUUGAUCCGAAUUCAAUGCUAGUUGCUGAGGGGGUGUGGAAUGGAAAGAAGAAGCACUUUGACUUGGUUGCUUGUCGAAUAUUCAAUGUAAUGGGUUCUGUGGCUAAGGCUUCACUUGGGGAUUGUUCAAUUAGGUUGAGCUUGAGGUUACCUGCAUUCUUGUCAUUGAGAAACAGGAGUGCUGUUGUUGGACAAAUGUGGAGUAGAAAAAGUGUGAAUGAUUCGGGUUAUUACUUUGGUAGACUUGCGUUUCAUAGCCCUAGCAAUGGAAAGGCGAGAGUUGAGGGUCUGAAAUACGAGUAUACUGAGAUUGACAAUGUGAGAACAUCUUGUGCCAAAAAGAUGGAAGAUAAACGCAAAGGUGGGACAUACCCAAACGGGUAUUCCUCUGACAUGAGAUUCGACAUGACGGUGAAAAAUAGUAAAGGCCAAGUAGCUUGGGGUUAUUCAUCUCCGCUAUCUGUGGGUGAUUGGUUAUAUAAGCCCCAUUCAGUGUCUGCAAGGGAAGCCGAGUCGGCAGUUCAAGUGAAUAACAGCCAAAGAGGUGUGCUUAAUAUUAGCUACAUUUUAAGCUUCACACCUCCACCUAAUUUCAAGCUAGGUGGUGAACUAUCAUCAACAAAGUCAGUUGAGAUUUCGGCUGAAGGGGUAUACGAUGCCAAAACUGGAUUGCUUUGCAUGAUAGGCUGUCGGCACCUUGAAUCACUUAAUAAAAGAUUUGCAAAAAACAGAUCACUAGACUGUGAAAUACUUAUCAGUAUCCAGUACCCUCCAUUGAAUGCAAAGGAUGGAGUUCAUGUCAAAGGAACCAUUGAAAGCAAUCGAACAAAGUCGGACUCUUUAUACUUUGAACAGCUUGAGUUGUCCGCAAGUUCCAUUUUCACAAGCCAAGCCAUAGAUACAAUUCGGAGAAUGGACCUAGAGAUCACCAUGGUCCUAAUUUCCAACACACUUGCAUGUAUCUUUGUGGUUUUGCAGCUAUUUUACGUGAAUAAGUACCCGGAUGUGCUUCCUUUCAUAUCUGUUGUGAUGUUGACUGUUCUUACUCUAGCGCACAUGAUUCCUUUAGUACUAAAUUUUGAAGCCUUGUUUUUGGCAAACCGUAACCGACAGAAUGUUUUUCUUGGGAGCGGUGGAUGGCUUGAAGUAAACGAGGUAUUGGUAAGGGUCAUAACAAUGAUAGCUUUUCUUUUGCAGUUCCGUCUUCUCCAACAGACAUGGUCUGCAAGAGUCAGUGAUGAAAGAUCAAAGAGCCUUUGGGUUUCCGAUAAAAAGGUUUUCUACUUGUCUUUACCGUUGUACAUAGCUGGUGGGUUGAUUGCUUGGUUUGUGCAUCAGUGGUUUUCUUACAAGACCCCAUUGUUACAGUUACGCCAUUUCGGUUACCAACAGCAAUCUUUCUGGCGAGACUUGAAAUCUUAUGCCGGUUUAAUCUUGGAUGGUUUUCUGCUUCCUCAGAUAGUGUUCAACAUGUUCUGUAAUUCCAAAGAGAAGGCUCUUGUCCCUUCCUUUUAUGUUGGGACUACCAUUGUUCGCUUGUUGCCUCAUGCGUAUGAUCUUUGCAGGGCUCAUGGUUCUUCUACAUGGUACUUUGGUGCUAUAUAUGCAAACCCUAGAAUGGAUUACUAUUCGACAACCUGGGAUAUCAUUAUAUCUUGUAGCGGUCUGCUGUUCAUUGUUGUCAUUUACUUGCAACAGCGGUUUGGUGGUCGUUGCUUUCUUCCCAAGAGAUUUAGAGAGAGUUCUGUGUAUGAGAAGGUGCCUAUAGUUAGUAGCGAGUAA